CACUGAACAAGAUCGCGACAACAUCAAACGUUCAGCCGCGAUUAACAAACUUCAGUUUCUUUUAUAAAUCAGUUUAAAAUAUAACAUUAAUUAUUUUGCAAAUUUAAUAUAUUAAUAUUCUGUGAUUAGUGUCCUUAGUGUGAUAAUGGAUUCACAACAGUUUCGGGACUUUGGGAAAGCCGCUAUCGACUUAGUGGCAGAUUAUAUUGAUAAUAUAAGGACACGGGACGUCUUGCCAUCUGUAGAACCAGGAUACUUAGUAGACAGUCUCCCAGAAAAUGCACCAGAGCAACCAGAAGAAUGGCAAGAAGUAAUAAAAGAUUUCACUGAGCUUAUCUUGCCUGGUACGACACACUGGACUUCACCAAGAUUUCACGCAUUUUUCCCCUCUGGUUCAUCCUACGCCAGCAUAGUGGGGAACAUACUGGCUGAUGGUUUGGGCGUCAUCGGAUUUAGUUGGUUGGCGAGUCCUGCAUGCACUGAAUUGGAGGUGGUAACAAUGAAUUGGCUUGGAAAACUACUUGGACUCCCCGAAGAAUUUCUCAACUGUUCCCCUGGCCGAGGAGGUGGUGUUAUUCAGGGAUCAGCCAGCGAAGCAACUCUUGUCGGUUUACUAGUAUCCAAGGACAAGGCUGUAAGAAGGCUAACUAAAAUAAAUCCAAGUCUUGAUGAGGCAGAAAUCAAAAAUAAACUAGUCGCUUACACUUCAGACCAAUGUAAUUCCUCUGUCGAAAAAGCUGGAUCUCUCGGUUCUAUGAGAAUGAGGUUACUUAAAGCUGAUUCUGAUGGAAGGUUACGAGGUGCUACGCUUAAAAAAGCUUUCGAUGAAGACAUUGCUCAAGGAUUAAUACCCUGUUACGUCGUUGCAAAUCUAGGAACCACCGGUAUCUGUUCUUUCGAUCCUUUAUAUGAACUGGGGCCUAUAUGCAAUGAAUACAAUGCAUGGCUACAUGUCGAUGCAGCGUACGCAGGAUCAGCUUUUAUUUGCCCUGAAUAUAGACACUUGAUGAAAGGAAUAGAAUAUGUUGAUUCUUUCGAUUUCAAUCCUCACAAGUGGAUGAAUGUUAAUUUUGAUUGCUCCGCUAUGUGGGUGAAAGAUUCAAGCGAACUCGUAAAAGCUUUUGAUAUACAAAGAAUUUAUUUAGACGACAUAAAGACAGAUACUAAAAUUCCUGACUAUCGCCACUGGCAAAUGCCUCUUGGACGUAGAUUCAGAGCUAUGAAAUUAUGGACAGUUUUAAGAAUAUAUGGUGCAGAAGGACUAAGGAAGCAUAUUCGUAAUCAUAUAAAUUUAGCACAAUAUUUUACAAAACUAGUACGCAACGAUGAUCGAUUUAUCGUUGAACCAGAACCUUUGAUGGGAUUGGUUUGCUUUAGAUUAAAAGGUGGUGAUAAAAUAACAAAAAAAUUAUUAGACAAUUUAGUAAAGUCAAAGAAACUAUACAUGGUGGCUGCCACCUACAGGGGGAGGUAUAUAAUUCGAUUUGCAGUCUGCUCAAGGAUGAUAGUAAAAGAAGAUAUCGACGUCAGUUGGAGUUUCAUUAAACAAGAAGCAGAUGUACUCUGCAAUGGAAUACAGGGUAAAACAAAGAUUGCAGCUUUGGAACACAUAGAAACAGUCACAAUCUGUGAAAAAUCAAAAUAACAACCGGUAAAAGUACACGUAAUGUUUGUCGCCUAAGAUUAAUAUAAUGGAUAUGCGUAAAAGAUACCAAAUAUCUCGUGGUGGUGGGAUUAGCUUAAUGCCAAAAUGAAUUUUGUCUAUCUAAAAUACAAAUUUACUGAGAAUAGUCAUUUAGUUAAAAUCCCAACUCCUUUGUGAAAUGAAAAUGUAUCUUACUUGAUAUGAUAACCUAUGUUGACCAAUUAGUAUUUAAGGGUAAUUUGAUUGUAAUAUAUUUUAAGAUCACCUUAAAUAAUUUGUAGAUGAUUGAAAAAUAAUAUAGAUAUAAAUUAUAAAAUGUUCUUUAUUUUUUUUUUCUUUUACACAACAAUUACUUAGUCGAAAAUGUUUCCGAACCAACCAAAUUUUUGAAAUAUUUACUACGCUUUUAUACACACGGCUGCACGUCAUGUUUCAACAAUAUGUCGAAUUUCUCCAAUUUAUUUUAAGCUCUAGACUCAAAACAUUAAGGUUUAAAAUGAAGUUGAAUUUGGCUGUUGACUGUACAAUUUGACGUGUUACUGAUAUAAAGUCUAUAAUAUAGA